AUGAAGUCUCUGCCCUCUAUCACUGGGAAUCUCCAAGCUGAGAUCUCACAACUGACGAGUGAGAACGAAAAACUUCUGGCUCGAGAAGCCUCUCUUCUUUCUCAACUCGAAUCGAUCCGCGAACAGCUGCUCGAGAACAACGAGCAGAUCAGCACCACAAUGGAGGACAUCCUCACCCAACUCGUCGCCGACCAGCGUAGUCAGGCUCAGGCUGACUUCUGGGAGGGGCUCAACAAGAGUGACAUUGUCUUCAGGGGGCUCUCAAAGUCGAUGGAUGACGAUCCCGAAUUGAUGGCCGCUGUCCAAGCUGUCGCUGCUGACACCUGCACUGAUGCACAGGAGAAGACUGUCUUGUUUGCCCUCUUGACCGAGUUGUCUGGUCAGCCCCCUUCAAUUCUCUCUUCCAUUGCGAAGAGAGCCAUCAAGUACAACAACAAGGGCAAACUUCCCGUUCGCUCGCUUGCGGGCUCGGAUGCCAACGCGCCUUUGGAGGUCAUGGAUCUCGACGAUACCACCGACGCCUAUCGACAGCAACCAGUCCCGUCUCUUGUAGACUCUGAAGUCAAGUCCGAAGGAACGCCUGGCUUCUUCUACCGCAAUAGCCCCACCGCUGCCAGCGAUGCUGUUGUUGGAAUUGGAUCUGAGAGAUUGCCGAUCACUCCCACACCACUCAGACAAGGACUCGGAUUCGGAUCUCAGGCAAACACCAAUACGUUCACCCAAGGUGUUCCAGGCAAUCAACGCAGUGCUAGCGAUCUCCUUCAAGAACUCUACGCCACCCCUCCUGUUCGUCCGAUUGCCAGACCAGGCCUUGGUACUAUAUCAGCCCCUGCCCGCACUAUUGCAUCUCCCUUCACCCACAGCAAUCGUGUUACCAAGCGACUCAAACCGAUCAAAGAAGUUGCCGUUCCCACCGCAUUCGUCCUAUUCAUGAAGAAACUCGAAGUCGCACACUCCCAGAACGCGCUCCCAAUCGCCGAACAUCUGAAAUGUUCGAAAUGCGAACAGAUCAAACGAGAUUCACGCGUCCUGAACUGCCUGCACGUGUACUGCCACAAAUGCACCCAAAAGCUUCGAGUCGACGCCGAAGUGGGCUCCGCCGAGCACGGCUUCAAGGCAUUCUGCGUCAAACCAAACUGCAGUGAGGUCGUCAGCGGCAAGACCGCCGUCAUCGACGCCGACGUAAUGGAGUUGCUCGUCUGGUAUGAUAAGCAGUCGCCCGGGUUGACCACUAGCACUGCCCAGAUGCAUGUUUUCAGGUCUGUGCUGAAGAAGAAGCCGACUCAUUCGAUGGUCAACGGCAUAAUGGAGGACUUGAAGAAGAAGAUGAAGACCCGUGAGCAGACUGGUGAGAAUGACGAGGUCUGCAAUUUGCUCGAGGUCGCGAAGUUGGCCAAGAAGCUGGGGUUGAACUCCUAG